UAGUGACGGAAGCAUCAAUUUUCCCUCCAAAAAAGAGGCACCGGGUGUGGCAGGUAACCCACGUUUUGGCUCCGAAGUCCACGCGCCCUCUCGCCUCGCCACGAUCAUUCUGUGCCUUCUGCGCUGUCCUGGAUUACCCUAACUCCUCUGUCAUCUCAGAUUCUUGAUUAUGUGCUUUUGAGAUCAUUCACUUGAACAAGGUUCACUUCUUUGUUAGGGUUACUGCUGUCACAUGCGUGCAUUUAUCCGCCAAUAAAUCUGAAUGGGUUCUUGUGGCAGUGGUGAUACUGAUAGUAUAACCACGUCAAUCGACAUGGAUGAAGUUGUAGAUGUUAAUUUUGAUGAUACUGUGCCUCUUGACAGUCAAUUAUCGCCGUCUUCGUUCUCCGGUGGAAAAGAUGAUAUUGGGAUGGAUAACGAUUGGCAGUAUCUUGAAAACAUAGUUCCUUUGGAUGAUGACGCUCCAGUUGAUUAUGAUGCAUUUGAAACCCAGCCUGUAAAUCUUGCUGGUGAGACUCAAGUCUUGAGUAUUGCUGGUGAAACACAAGUUUUGGAUGAUAUUCAUGGUGGGGAGGAUAAUAACGCCCAGUUAUUGGAUAUGAUUGAUCAAGAAGUUGCCAUUGACAGUCAUACUGACAGAACAGAUGGAAUUGACAUUUUGGAGAAUGUGAAUGAACCCUAUUCUGAUCAUUGUCAAUGCAUAGUUGGGGCGCAAUCAGCAGAUCCCAGGCAGAUUUCAUGUGAACCUCUUAGUAGACCUGGUGAGAAGAAACUAUUGGAGAAGACUGAUUCUGUAAUCAAUCAACAGAUCAGUUCAGGUUCAAUGCCUCCACGGUUUACUUCUGUCCGUGUUGAAUCUUUGCGUGAAGCUGCUCGCAUUAUGAAUUUGAAACAAAGCAAGGAUGGGACCAAUGCUGUCAUGGGUAUGAGUCAAUCCCAGAAAUCACUUUCUGCAAAGAAUAAUGAGGAACCUUUCCUUGGAUACACAGAGAAAACCAGGGAAUAUGAUCAUGGGGAACACAGAGGUGAAGCAAAUGGAGUAUUUCAUAAAGAUAAGUCCAAAAUUGCCAGCUCAGUAGUGAGAAAGCUAUUCAAUGAUGAUUUGUCUGCUGAAAAGGAAGUAUGUCCGUAUAAUGACAAUGAUGUCAAUGGAGAAGAAAGCUUGACUAAGCUGUCUAUUUAUGAUGAUGAGUUGGCUGGACUAAGCUAUGUUAACUCUCAAGAACCUGGAGAGUUAACACAGGCAGCUGCUCUUGAUGUUGUUGAUAAGUUACUUAAAGAAAAUGAUGUUCUGGAGUUUGAUCAAGAAUCUAACUUCAUUAAGAAUGUUCAGGAAAGCUCAAAAAAUCUUCCCAGUUUAAAAGGGCAACAAAGUUUGGCCAAGAGAGUCAAUGGUAGUGGCACUACUGGAAAAACUGGGGUUUAUGACUGGGAUGACAGCCGUGAGGAUGAUGGUGGGGGAGAUAUAUUUCUUAGGAGAAAGGAUGAGUUUUUGGAGGGUGCAAUGCCAAGGCGAAAAUCCUUGCCAGCAAUCAAGAAAAUUGAAGUUAGCAGACCAGAUGGCAACGAUGAUGAGGGACAAAGUACCUGUAGUAAAAGAAUGAGGGAAGUACGAUCUGAUUCAAGACUGAUAUUGCAUAAUCUUAAAGUGAGGGAUGACACUGUCAAAGAUGCAGUUAAAGAAUCAAAAAGAAUCUUAUUGGUGACCUGGAUGAACUGUUUAACAUCAAUUACUCAGGAGCACAGUUGGAGCCUAAUGCUACAGCAGCAGAUGCACAGGAAGUGUUAG